AUGUGGAGAACGCUGUGUCACAGGGUCAUUUCAGAGCACACAGCCCGAUCAUUUGACGUGAUCCUGCUCCGGUGGUUGGUGUUACCUUCCAAUGCCAGAACUAUAAGGUUUUUUGAGCAAGAUCCGGAUCCGCGUAGUUCAAUACCAUCCAUCCUUCUAGAACAGCAUGUCGACUUCGACUUUGCGACGAGGAACCGCGUGUCUACCCUGUCGCGAUGCAACGGUAUCCGACCCAUUUGCGACCAGUGCUCGCGACUUGGCCUGGCCGAUGAAUGCGAGUACACUGAUCCGCCCCGACUAACCCAUACGCAGGCGCUCGAACAAGAGAUUGUGAGCCUUCGUGCUCGGAUACGCGAACUCGAGAGCCGAGACGACCCGGAGGCCGCCGAGGGAACCAUUCCGCUAGCGGAUCCUUACGCUGCCUCGAGAAACCCGUCUCCGUCUGUUGGCUUCGUCAGCGUAUCGCGCGACCUUUCUCCGUCAAUUGGCUACGUCGACGGCUCUCGCAACCCAUCACCUUCAAUCGGCUUCAACGGUAGCUCCCCAAACUCCGCACCGAAGGUACCCGAGCUCGACUGGAGCGAUAUUACGCUGGGCAUGGCCUACCUCCAGACCAGGAGCUCUCCAGCGCCGAAAAUCGAAUUGGAGCACGGUUUACUCCCUUCCGAAAGUAUUCGGCAAUCCGAAUUUGGGUUUUUCGUCGACAUCUGCCAAGAGCUCGACGUAUCGACGUACGACCCAACUCAUCCAUCAAAGGCUAUGCUUUCCACCAUUGUCGUGCUAUGGGCUGUGCAUAUGACCUACCCUGACGAGCCGCUCACCCAAGAGCCCGCUUUGCUCCGACGCGCUAAGCAGCAGCUUUCUAAUCUCGCCCAUCGGAUCACUCCUGACAGCCUGCUCUACAUUCUCCAGGCGGAGCUCUGUCUCGCCUACUACUUUAUACGCAACGCACGAUGGUUCGAGGCGCGAUACCACUCCAACGCUGCCAUUUCCUUAGUCGUCGACUUGAACCUACAUCGAGGACGCUCAAUGUCACCGUAUACGUCUACCCCUGUGUUAUCGUGUCCCGUAGAAACAUAUCGGGAGCUGUCAACGCACUUGGACCAGCAGAUCUGCACCAGAGCUUUUUUGAACGCUUGUCUGCUUGAUAGCUCCCUGUCGUACAUGUUGAGCAUACCGUCGCUUUUGCCUUCAGGAGACACGAGUUGGCUCAUCUCCGAUACGCCGCAAGUCGAUAUCCUCGGGAACCUUGGGUUUAUCACUCAAUCAUCCGUCGUCAUGUGCCAAGUCGCAACAAUCGCGCGAGCCUACAACCACUUGGGAAACCUCGACUCCCAACCAGUCUCCGUUCGAUAUUUAAAGACGAUCAUCAAGUCUUACCUUGCCGUCGCUGAGUCCAUGAAGCUCAGCUUACUGACGUUGCGAGAAUACAUCACCAUCGCAUCCCUGUUGCACAUCGCCAACAUACAGCUCCACCUGCUGACUCAUGACCCCGCCUCUUACGCCGAAGCGGCCGCCUCAGUUCUGGCAGUUGCUAACAUUAUCAACGGUAUCGACAUGGUCUUGUUGCAGCCUUUAAACCCCUGUCUUGAGAAUCUCUGGAGCCAUACCGGGCGCGUCCUCGUUAACGAGAUGUUCCGGACGGAAGAUGUAUUCUUUAAGCGUCAAUUGGAACAGACGGUUAUCGUCUUCGCAUCGGCGGUGAAGACUGCCGAAAGCGCCUAUCCCGUUAAAAAUAGUCCUUAA